ACUCCACGUGAAAAUGUUGUGAAAUUCACAGCUUCCAAAGCCUUAUGACUGCGCCUGGUUGAUUUUCGUAUUUUGCACCAGAAAAUGGCGGGUAGUAGCAAAAAUACGUCAGACAGAUUUCUUUCUCCUGCAUAUUUCCAAGUUACAAGGCCUAAGAUCCCCUCACAGCAAACCACUUCAGCUCCCAGGAAGCUUCUGCCUCCAUCUGAAUAUAAUGUUGUGAAAGAUCAGGGCGAAGAAAGUGAAAAAGUCCUCGUUGAAAUAGACAUAUUGCAGAAUGAAAAUAGACAGCUUCGAGAGCAACUUAAGAGGUCUAAAGAGGAGGAAAUACGACUUGAAGGGGAGAUACGAAAGAGCAGGCUUCUAGUGCAGAAGGGUAGAGUCGAUGAUGCCCUUGAUCUGAAACAAAUGGCUGAACUUCACGAGGAAAAUCUCUCGCUGCAAUCAGAAGUUAAAAAGCUUAGAGCUACAAACUCGAAACUUAAAAUAGAUGUUAAAGAGGUAAAAAGUAACUUCGAAACAGAUUUAGGAAGAUGUGAAGCCGAGUUAGAGAAGGCGCACACGUUGAUAAAAGAGCUUAAAGCUGAAAUGAGGCAAAAGGAAGAAAUAUUCGAGAGAGAGGUGGAGAGUUUGGAGAAACGCGCUAGAAAGCAGAUGACAGUGGUGAAAAGUUUGAAAGCCCAAGUGAAAAAUGCAGAAGAGCAAGUGAAGAUUGACAGGAAUGGAUUUGAGGAGGUGAUCAGUAAAAAUGAAUUUGACAAGUAUGAGCAAGUUAAGGCAAUUAAAAAAACUUUAGAUUCCUGUGAAGUGAAGUAUGCCAAAGAGUUACAUGCUCUCAAAGAUGAGAUCUCCAGUAGAGAUGAGAUAUACUCUGCUACAAAAAGAAAACUGACUACUACAGAAGAGGAGGUAAAUGAUCUUAAGGAAAAACUGAAAGAAAAAGAAAUGGAGUGUUCAACAGUCAUAAAACAGCAUCAAGAAAAGAUAAGGGAUAGCCAAUUAUACUAUGAUAAAACUCUGACAGAUCUUAGCAGGAAACUAGAGGAACAAACACUUUCUCAUCAAAGAGAGCUACAGAAUUUGACAGAGGAACUUAAAAAGAAAGAUGAAGAAGUGAAGUCCCACAGCUUGAUUGUUGAUCAGUUAAGAGCUUAUAUAGGAGAGAACUUGCCAAACACACAGCUGGAGAAACUCCAAAAAGAGCAUGAAGAGGCAAAGCAAACUGUGACCAGCUUGAUACAAGAAAAUGAAAAUCUAAGAUCCACUGUGGAACUCCUUAAUGUGAGAAUUUCAUCCAUCAAUGAAAUCCUCUCCAUUCAAGAAAAAGAUUUGAUGAAGUUUCAAGCAAAAUCAAGUGAUGGUGCAGGGCAUGAUGGAGAAAGUUUGCUUACAAAAUGGAGAGAGAAAGUGUUUGCCUUGCUGAUUCAGUUAAAAUCACAAGCAAUUAUGCGUGAGAAAGAAGAAAGAAAUGAGAAGGCUCAGCUGAAACAUCUGAUGACAGAGCUGGAAGAAUCUCAGAAGGAAGUAGCCAAGUUGACACACAUUUUAGCUGACAAGAAGGCUGAACAGCAAAUUGAAGUCAAUCGAAACCUUGUUUUAGAAAGGCAACUCGAGAAGUGUCAGCAGAAUGAGAAAAGGCUCAAUUCUUUCAUUUCACAAUUUCAAAUGUGUUCCAGCAGUCUCCAGGAAGUUGCACGAAAGACGGAAUCUUUUAUAGAACAUGUUGGGACACAAAUGGAGGAGGCCUUCAAGAAACUUGCUACAUUUUCUCAGCGUAUUAGCUUUGCAACUGGGAGAGUUCAAUUUCUUCAAGGGCUUAUAACACAUCGUGAGGCACAGUUGAGAAGUGAACUAUCAGAAGCAGUUAAUAAAGCUGCUGAAACUGGGCAAUCAAUAUCAGAAGGAGAGAUCACAGAACAACCACAGGCAAGUCUGUCAUGUGAACAAUUGGUAUCAGAGGUCAAACAGCUAACGAGAGAAAGGGACCAUCUUUUAGCUCAAGCCAGGAAGGAUUCAGAGACUUUAGAGAGAAAAGAGGUGGUAAUUAGAGCUCAGUAUGAGGAACAACUGAAUGACUCUGCCAUGAAAAUAUCACAGUUGGAGUCGUUCUUGAAGGAUGAACGAGAACGAGGAGCCAUCCUUAAUGACAAGUUGCAAACUGCUGAAGUUGAAUUGUCAGAGAGAUUGGAGACGAUUGAAUCACUCAAAACAGAAAUGGCAAAACACAAAGAUGUGGCUGAAAAAACUCUAGACAAAGUUUUACAAGCAGAGCAAGCAAGAUACACUGAGGAAUUUGCAAAGCUUGAAAAGCAAUUCAAUGAUGUGCGACGUGAACACACAAAAGCAGUUGUGGCACUCAGGCAAGCAGAGCGAGUGGUUGAAAGAGAGAAGGAAAAGGCAGCAGAACAGCUCUCUCUUCAGCAGAAGGAAUAUGAAAUGAAACUGGAGAAAUGCUGCUCACAACUGCGAAAUGUGGAAAAGGAAAGAAAUAUGCUCAUGGCUACAGUCAGACAGGAGGGUUUCAAGGUUCCCAGACAUAAACCAAGGGAGUUUUCUGAUGGUCUGGAGGAGGAAGAGAAAGAAAACAGAGAGCAAGUGCCUCUUGAUGAGAAACCACCCAUAAAAACCAGUAGAGGGAAGACUAGAAGACACAAGGCUGCAAAACCUGUUCAAUCUGAACCAGGAAUUCCAUCUACUGCAGCAGUACAAAGAGAAAGACAGAACAUCCAUGUUACAGAAGGUGGAGCUGAGGAAGAAAUGAACUUGAUGCAGGUGACAUCUGUGCUGAAAGACCUUCAGUCACUCUCAACUGCUCUGCUGAACAUGGACAGAGAGACUGAUGAUUCUCAACAUUCAUUGUAAAUGAAAUUUUUCAAUAUGUGAAUGGAUUUCAGU